AUGCUGCAGAAGAUCAAGUAUCUGGCAUUCGACGCACGACCACCGAAAAGCAGACUCCUAACAAGUUUUGAUUGGAAGAAGAAGAAGGAGUGGACACUUAAAGACGUCGUGAUGGAGCCCGGACCACCGGGUUGGGAAACAAAGUACAUGGCUCUUUUCAACGACCCUCUUCUGACCAUCACUGGAAUCCGAACACGACUCCAAAUUUCGCUGAAGUCGCUGCGUCGUUUGGUACUAGUGGUUCCAUCACACCAAACCAUGGUGACAUCGGGGACUUUCGCCGGAUGGAACGGGAAGCUCAUAAUUAAGCCAAUAUGCAAUACCAACAAGCCGCCGGCAUGGCCAAGCCGCAACUGCGAAUACCAUCCAUGGGACGGUGUUAACGGAACCUUGUUUCGGUAUUGGCGACGGCACCCAGUGGAAAACCCAUGCAUGAAGGAGAUCCGGCGAGCCCUCAUCAAGUGGGUUCACGACUGGAAGGAAAACGUGGCAAAGGACGCCAUGGACCUAUGGGUCUCAUCAGUGGAGGUGGAAAUCGUGAAGGCAGGCACCUGA